AUGUCCAUCCCGCAUACUGCGGAUGCCUCGGAUGUAUCGGAACCUGAGCGUCCUCAGUCAUACAAGACCUCAUUCCUCUGGCACCGUUCGAUUGGAAUUCAAGCGCUCCAGUCGACUCAUCCACUGCCGCCCAGUCCAAGUUACAAGAUGAAGAUGUCAAUUACUGCGAUCGUUGUGCACUUGUCUAUUUGGUGUCGUUCGUGUCAGCCGACCAUAGUUCCCGUGGUCGACGAUGGGACCUCGGACGAGUUCAAUGUGGCCAACCGCAGCUUCCGAGCUGGAGAUGAUCAUAUCUGGACUCCUCUGGAGAAACCCGACGGUGUCAAUGGAGCUCUGGAGCUUUAUUCGCACAAUAUGACGCCUACCAAGUGCGAUGACGACGGAACCUGCUGCUUCUUCAUCAAAACUGUCGAUGAGGUCAAUUCUAGCCAUGUAUACAACAUGUAUACUCACCUCCCAAGCUUCACAGACGUCAACUUUUUCUACCGAGCUUAUUACGGGAAGGAACGUGGUCACAAAUCCUGGUAUCAAGGGUUACGCUACGCUGCCAACAACUAUUGCAAGCAGAACGCAGAGGAGAAACAAGACUACGCCACAUUUGCAGCGUCAGUGAAAGCUGGUAUUACCGAGAACACUUGUGCUGUGGAUACAUGUCCAGCUUCAGGCGAUGUGAAUGCUGAAUUGAGUCUGAUUGUCGGCAAAGGGAAAGAUCACUGGGGAAUUAACUCGAACGGCACGUGUUAUCCGCUGAUCAACUCGUACAUGGGCUCGUACUUGUGUGAUCCUGACAAUAUGUUCUCCAAGUGUGCCAGUCCUCGCAAUGAGUCCACUACACCCAAGUCCAAUGCGAUUAGUGCAUUUAACUAUCAGAUUGAUGCAAUCUCGUCGAAAUUGGCCUAUAUUUCGGCGCGUACACGGGUUUCUACGACUACCAAGUGGAGUGGGUUACAGGCAAGAAUGGAUAUUUCUUGGUGUGCGACGCCGCCCAACCCAGGCAAGGAAUGUCGUGGUGAUGGAAAAGAUCCUGUGACGAACGUUAUCUGCGACUCGUUCCCGAUGUACAUGAAGAUCGACCACAUCCGUCUGUAUCAGGACUUGGCGACGGAUCUCGAAGCUGAUAAUUACAUGCAAGUUGGUUGUGAUCCAGCGAGUCAUCCGACUCAAGAAUGGAUUGAAGCCCACAUCGACGAGUACGAAGAUAAUGAUAAUAAGUGGGAGGAAGUGGCUGGCAAGGCGUUCUGCGAGACCAGCGACGACUGCACGAUUGGUGGCACUUUGAGUCGAACGGCUCUAAAGACUUGGAAAUUGUUCAAGUAGCGUUGCGAAUGAAUGUAUCAUUCGUGGGGUGGACCACGAUGCACCACCGCCAUCUCUGGCUCCAGUUCUACGGAAACUAGUUUGAAGAGCAGGACGUAUAGCCCACCGAUGGAAGCGUCGAUUGCUCUCGCUGUUGUGGCCUGUUUGCUGUCUUUAACGUCCGUAUCGUAAUGGACUCCGAUCAAGGCACGAACUCUGGUUUACGGGGUUCUGAGAAACAUGAUGGCUGCCAACCAGUAACAGCAUCUACGUCACAAGGAGCAACAUUUUUCUUGUCACCGAAUGAUCGUAUUCAGCUCGCACAAAUUAUUAAGGACAUAAUUGCUAUGAGUACGGAAGCUAACUCAACCAGUCCCAUGACGACCGAGCACAUUUUCGGAUGUCUAUAGA